AAAACGAAACCCGAACUCUCAUACAGGUCAUCAUAUCUCUAGAGCUGUCACGAAGAAUUCUUUACAAACACAACCAUGUCUGUUCUGUACGCACUUCUCGUCUGUCUUCCGGCCUUGACCUACGCACAAACCCUCAACCUGAAGCCAUACAAUGAGACAGCAACCGUUGCAUUUAACAUCUCAGAUCUAAACCAUGAUGGUGUCAUUGACAAAAAUGAGAUGGACACAAUCUUUAAGCAUCUGGACAGUAACGGCGACGGUCGGAUCGACUUCCACGAGUACGGCAUCUAUCUGAGCUCUGGUAACCAUGACGCCCACACCAACCAUGUCCUGCACGCGCUGUUCCAGGCCUAUGACGUCAAUAAGGACCAUCAUAUCGACCAUGUUGAUUAUGAACUAUUUUUCUCCUUGGCUGAUGGCAAUGGUGAUAAUUUGUUGGAGAAGAACGAAUUCGUCCAUUAA